AUGCGUCAUCCAGUUGAUGGAUCUGCAUGGCAAGACUUUGAUAAAAAGUACCCAAACUUCACGAUGGAGCCACGAAAUGUUCGCUUAGGGCUUGCAGCUGACGGUUUUAAUCCCUUUAACAACAGUAGUGGAUCCUUGACACAUAGCACGUGGCCGGUUAUACUCACCACAUAUAAUCUGCCUCCCUGGCUAUGCAUGCGAGAGUCCACAUUCAUGUUGACCUUGUUGAUUCCUGGCCCUAAAUCACCGGGGAAAGACAUGGACGUUUUCCUUAGACCGUUAGUGGAUGAGCUUAAGCAAUUGUGGCAGACAGGUGUACGUACUAAAGACGCAGCAACAAACACAUACUUCACAAUGAAGGCGGCGUUGUUAUGGACCAUAAAUGACUUUCCAGCCCGUAGUAGCCUAUCAGGUUGGAGCGGACAAGGCUACAUGGCAUGCCCAACUUGUAACCAAGACACUCCUUUAAUACGUGUAACUGGUAAAUGUGCUUAUGUUGGUCAUCGCCGGUUCUUAGAUGCCAACCAUCCUUGGAGAACAAGUCUCGACUUUAACGGGAGACCCGAGACACGAGACCCUCCGAGACAGUUUAGCCCAGCUGACAUAGAAGCUCAACUAGGUCGUUUAAUUAAUCGUCUACCAGGCAAGCAUCCAGAUUUUGGAGGUGGGAGGAUAACCCGGUCAGAUUUCGAGUUGAACUGGUCCAAAAGAAGCAUAUUUUUUGACCUUGAGUAUUGGUCUUCUCUGCAGCUGAAACAUAACUUAGAUGUAAUGCAUAUAGAGAAAAAUGUGUGCGAUAGCUUGCUCGGUACUCUUCUAAUGAACGAUAAGAGCAAAGACACGCCAAAUGCGCGGUGCGACUUGGAAAAACUAAACAUUCGGCCGUCACAAUGGCUGAAACAAUCGGGUGAUCGGUUUGGAUCUAAUAUCAGUAAGAGGGUGACAGAUAACAAUGCUAACAUUACCAGGUUGAAAUCUCAUGACUGUCAUAUCCUCAUGCAACGUUUGAUACCGAUUGGGGUUAGAGGGCUUUUGACUAAAGAUACAUCUACACCAAUAGUAGACCUUUGUAUGUUCUUUAAGCAACUUUGCUCUAGAACACUAUCGGUGGAUGAUAUGAAGAAAGCAAAGGAUGACAUUGUUACCAUCUUAUGCAAGUUAGAGAUGAUCUAUCCAACUACGUUUUUUGACAUUAUGGUUCAUUUACUUGUGCAUUUACCUGAUGAAGCGAUUGCGGGAGGUCCAGUAGCUUUUAGAUGGAUGUAUCCAUUUGAAAGGUACAUGAAAAAACUAAAGAACUAUGUCAAAAACCCGGCAAGGCCUGAAGGUUGUAUAACUGAAGGUUAUGUGUUUGAAGAAGCUCUAACAUUUUGUUCAAUGUACCUUAAAGAUGUUCAGACUAAGUUCAAUCGCCCAGAUAGAAUCGAUGAUGUCGUUGUUGAAAAAAGAAAGUUAUGGGUGUUUGAGUCCAAAUGUCGUUAUGUUGGCGCAAGAAAGGACAAAUAUCUAUCAUUCAUCGAAAAAAACAAGAUGGAAUGGUUUGUCCUCGAAAACUGCGCAGAAGUUAGGGAGUACAUGAAUGAAUUCAAACAUACACAUCCCCAUGAUGAUCUUAAAACCAAAUUUCCGGGAUGGUUUCUCCAUAAGGCCCAUUCGAUGAAAACACAAAAUUCUCCAGAAUUCCACCCGGAGUUGUAUGCUCUUUCAAUUUGUGCGAAAAUGACUGCUUACACUUACACUGCUUGCAUAGUCAACGGUGUUAGGUUUAAGACACUUGAACGUGAUGCAAAAUGCGCAACGCAAAACUCUGGGGUGGAAGUGGUUGGAGAGAACGGUGUGAAAUUUUAUGGCCAAUUAGAAGAAAUUAUUGAGUUGCGUUAUACAAAUGAUUAUUCCACUCUCCUAUUUCGGUGCAAGUGGUUUGAUACUCAAAGGGGUGUAAACCAUAACAAUAAUAUCACCAGUAUAAGCACUGAACAUGAAUGGGACAAAGACGAUCAACUCAUAUUUGCUUCGCAAGCCAAACAAGUGUUCUUCAUCCAAGAAACGUCUCGAAACCAAAAAAAUAAACAUAGGUGGGUAGUCAAAAAUGUUAAUCAUCGAAGAAUUUGGGAUCGGCUAUUAAGUGAUGACCGCGUCAAUAAGGUUCAAAAUGUUGACAAACACUUAGAAGAUAGGGACAUUGUCGACAACAACUCUUCAUCUGACUGUCCACUUGUCAUUGACUUGACCCAAUACUUUCAAAUUGGAUCUUCUCAUGUUACUGCGGGUGAGCCUUCAAUUGAAGUUGAUCCCCCAACAGCCACCGUCGAUGAAGUGUUUGAAGUCGAGACUGAUUGUGAUGAGGUCGAGGCUGAAUAUGAUGAGGAUGAUCCCGAUUAUGUGGAGUCUGACUAA